AUGAGCAAACGAAAGAGACAAGAUUUGGAAAAUUAUCAAUUAAUUAAUUCGGAGGAACAACUACUCACGAUCGAUUUUAAUAAUCAUAAUAAGAGUUUGGAAGAGAAGGCAAAAAAAGUUGUGAAACUCGAACAGGAAAUAUUUUCAGAUGAUGUUUGUUUUGAAAUAAUUUCCAUGAUUGAUGAUUCGUGGUUUAUUUUGAAUAAUUGUUCCUUGAUUUCAAAACAAUUCUUUAAUGUGAUCAAGGAACGUUCAAAACUUGUUAUUCAAUUUAAAAAGAAAUUUACAGAGAAAAGAAUUGAAUUAUUCAUGAACAGUCAAUUUAUGAAUAGUAUUGUUAAUGUUAAAUUUUCUGCAUGGUUGUUUGGCUCGAUAGAAAAAGCGAAAUUCAUAAGUGAAAUGAAACAAUUAACAUCGCUUAUUAUUUCUGACAAUGGAAUUGGUGAUGAAGGAGUCAAAUUAAUAAGUGAAUUGAAACAAUUGACAUCACUUAAUAUGUCAAACAAUCGAAUUGGUGACGAAGGAGUCAAAUUAAUAAGUGAAUUGAAACAAUUGACAUCACUUGAUAUAAGUUUAAAUGAUAUUGGUGCAGAAGGAGUCAAAUCAAUAAGUGAAAUGAAACAAUUAACAUCACUUAAUAUUAAUUACAAUCGAAUUGGAGAUGAAGGAGUCAAAUUAAUAAGUGAAUUGAAACAAUUGACAUCACUUAAUAUUUCAAACAAUGGAAUUGGUGAUGAAGGAGUCAAAUUAAUAAGCGAAAUGAAACAAUUAACAUCACUUAAUAUUUCAAACAAUGGAAUUGGUGAUGAAGGAGUCAAAUCAAUAAGUGAAUUGAAACAAUUGACAUCACUUAAUAUUUCAAACAAUCGAAUUGGUGCAGAAGGAGCCAAAUCAAUAAGUGAAAUGAAACAAUUAACAUCACUUAGUAUUAAUUACAAUCAAAUUGGUGAUGAAGGAGUCAAAUCAAUAAGUGAUAUGAAACAAUUGACAUCACUUAAUAAGUAGAAGUAUGAAAGUGAGUCACUUUGUAUAUUUUUAAAACAACAAUUUUACUUUGAGACUUUGG